GCGUGGCGGCGGCUUCGAAAGAGGCCUAGGACGCAAGCCCCCUUCUUCCCGGCGUCCGUCCGUCGGACGCUGCCCUCUCCCCCUCCUUGCCCCAGGGACACAGUCGCCCACACUCUGGCCCUCUCACCCAGGUCAGGUCCAAGGUCCCAGUGACUUCUCGAGUCGGGGCCUGCCGGACCAACCCACCGGCUGAAGCCCACCCGCCGUCGCCAUGGCGUGCAGUUUGCAGAAGCUAUUUGCUGUAGAAGAGGAGUUUGAAGAUGAGGACUUCUUGUCUGCUGUGGAGGAUACAGAGAACCAGUUUGCUGGCUCCCGGCCUGUGAAUGCUGGGUGCCUGAGAUCUAUCUCUUCCAUGCAACAGGAGAGUAUACAGGCACAAUUUUCUGGGCAGCUACCCUCAUGCCCCACUGCUCCUUCAGAGACUUUGGGCCUGCCAGCCCUGAGACCCCACCUUCCUACCUCCAGCAUGCCCACAGGAACAGCCCCUCUAAGGUCUAUCUCGACUCCCAGCAGCUGGACCGGCAAUCAGAGGAGAGUGGCACUGACAGAUGUUCUCAAAGAGCCAGCUAGACCCCAGUCCUCAGCCCCCCAGCCCUUACUCACCUUUGAGAGCCAACAACAGGUGAUUGAUGACUUUGAGGGCACUGAACAAGAUGAAUUUGAUCAGGUGCUGGCAAGCAUGGAGCUGGAGGGUCCUGGCAUGGAGCUGGAACUUGGGCUUAGCAGUGAGGCCCCAGGAAUCCUGCCCACCUGGCCACAGGAGGACUCAGUGUUAGCUAAAAAGGCCCGGGUAGUUGAUCUGAGCAGAUCUUGCCAAGAGGGACCCCUGCCUGCCACCCACAUCAUCUCAGCCCAGGAAGAGCCUCCAGGUCCUCUUGUCCACUGUAGGACUUCACAGCCCCACUUGAGACCUCGUGCAGUGGCUAACUUCCCUAUCUCAAAUGCCUCAGCGGUUCCCACUGAGCAACCCCACUGGGAAGCCUGUCCUAAAGGUCCCCCUCUUCAAGCACCCCAGCCUCUCCAAGCUGCUGAUAGCCCCAUUCAGAGGAGCCCUCAAAAUCGUUUUCCCCAUCAGCCUUUCCAGUCUCCAAGUGCCCAUUUAAGUGGCAAACCUCACUUUCCUGGACCACGAACCCCCAACUCAAGCUAUUCUCCCUCAAGGACUAUCUCUGGACUCAUUCCUCAGAGGCUCUUACCACCACGAGCUCCAGUGUCUUCUUUUAAGUCUCCUAUCAGCACCCCAAAAGGCCCCCAUUCCUCCCUGGUUGCCCAAGCAGCUCUGCAGACACCCGUAGUCACUAACCACUUGGUGCAGCUGGUCACAGCUGCCAACCGGACACCCCAGCAGCCCACACGCUCCUCAGCCCGCGCCAAAACCCGCCGCUUCCCUGGCCCCGCUGGGAUCCUGCCUCACCAGCACAGUGGGAAAAAUCUGGAGGAGAUCAUGGUUUCUACCCCCCAGACUCCAACUCAUGGUGCUCUGGCUAAAUUCAGGACGGAGAUUGUUACUAGUUCUCAGGCGUCGGUGGAGGAGGAUUUUGGCCGAGGACCCUGGCUGACUAUGAAAUCUUCUCUGGGCCUGGAUGAGAGAGACCCCAACUGCUUCCUCUGUACCUACAGCAUAGUCAUGGUGCUGCGGAAGGCAGCCCUGAAGCAGCUUCCCAGGAACAAGGUCCCCACCAUGGCAGUGAUGAUCAAGUCCCUGACUCGGAGCACAAUGGACGCCAGUGUGGUUUUCAAGGACCCCACAGGAGAGAUGCAGGGCACGGUGCACAGGUUGUUGCUUGAGACACGCCAGAAUGACCUGAAGCCUGGCUCAGUGCUGCUGCUAAAGCAGAUCGGAGUGUUUUCUCCUUCACUCCGAAAUCAUUACCUCAACGUGACGCCCAACAACCUGGUCCAUGUUUACAGCCCAGAUUCUGGGGAUGGGAACUACCUUAAGCCAUCGCAGCCCUUCCUUAAGGAUCCAGGAAGUUUCCUUGACAGCCUCCAGCAUGAUGAGACUGGGAAAGGCCUCAGAACAGCACAGAACCCAGAGGUGGGGGCAUCUCCUGUGGAAGAGCUCCCAGAAGCAGAUGACCUGGAUGGACUCCUGAGUGAGCUCCCUGAGGACUUCUUCUGUGGGACCAGCACUCUGGACUGCCCCAAGGCAGGGCACCCGCCGUGAACAGCCUCCUUUCACCCCGCGCAAGGCUCUGGUCAUGUUGGGUCAUGUCCAAGGGAGAAAGCAAGACUAGCAUGACUGGAAAAUAGGCAGCUCAGGACUGUUCCCACCCUGGAUGCUUUCCCGAAAACGCCUGCGCCCCUCAGGUUGUGCACUGUUGUCACUUUGGAUUGUCCUUUGUCAUACCAGAACUUGACCCAAGACUGCUUUCCAGCCUUCCUGUCUUGCAGCCCUCUGGUGCAUCAUCUGCCAACAGGGAAGGUGUGUCACCUUCAGUGUCACUCUCCUGCCUCAGCUUGCCUUUAGAGGUCACUGGGCCUGGUCCUUUUACUGCCUAGUCCCCAGACAACUGAGGAGCCACCCACAGCAGUGGACACCUGUCCUCUGCACAGGGAAUGAACAUGCUUCGACUUCACUCAGCUUUGUCUUUGGAAGCCAGAGUCCCUUGGUGUGGGGGCAGGAGUGUGACUGGACGCCUUGUUCUGAAAUAAAGCAGCACCUACUUCACCUGUCUCCCUCCCC